UAAUUUUUAAUUAGUGCCAAAUCAACAGUAUUUUUACAUCAUUUUCAUAGCAAAAAGGGGUUCUCGUUUGGCCACCUCCCUCUGUGCCACAGUCUGACCACCGCCGCCUACGGUUCACUUCUUCCGUCACCGGCGAGAUUUUUCACCACACUGCACGAUUCGUCUCUUCCGGAACGACCUCCAAAGCUCCAAUCAAAUCAAUCUUUCUUAAGUAGUUCCUUGAACAGUUUUGGGAAUUGAUUUGAGGAGAAUCGAUUUUUAGAGGAAAUGGAAAACGAAGAGGAUCCGUUUAAGAAGCAACAGAUUGUGGAUGCACGCGCAAGAAACAUAAGUCACAAUGUCCGUUGCUUAGAAUGCGGUAGUCAGUCCAUUGAAGAAUCCCAAGCUGAUAUUGCUGUUCUUCUUAGGAAGCUUAUUCGUGAUGAAAUACGAUCUGGAAAAAGCGACAAAGAUAUCUAUCACAAGCUUGAACAGGAUUAUGGGGAGACAAUACUUUAUGCUCCAAAGUUUGACUGGCAGACUGCAGGCUUAUGGCUAUCACCGCUUAUAAUUGCUGGAGCUGCGGGGGGAAUAUGGGCAUAUGGCAGGUACAGACAAAGAACUAAUGUUCACUUAUUGGCUAUGAACCUUACAAGAGGAAUCCCGUUUACUCCAAAAGAGAAGGAAGCCAUGAUCGAGAUCCUCACUCCUCCUCCACCUGACGGAAUUCUUCCUUCAUCCCCAUGGUGGACAAGGUGGCUUCCUAGAUAAACGAUUUGUUUUUGCUUCAUACUAUUUUGUUGCAAAAACACAGGUACCAGACGGGAUGAGAACCUUUGCACACCAAUAAUAUUAAUUAUAUAUUUAUUGUACCUCCGAUGUUAGUGAUGAUCUCAUAUUGCCAUUAAAGCAAGGAUAAAGUCUUUAGUUUUCUUUCUAAUUUGUAUCCAUGUAACUUGCUUAUUUCAGUGACAACCUUGAUACAUUUAUCUAGUUAAA